AUGCCUGAGCUCUGUGGCAAACGGCUCCUCUCAAAAAUUCUCAUCUGCGGCGGAGGCGUUGCAGGUCCCGCUCUAGCCUUUUGGCUCUCUCGAAUCGGGCAAAAAAUUGUCGUCGUAGAACGAUCCCCAACGCUAAGAGCCUCGGGCACCCAGAUAGAUCUCCGCGGCCAAAGCAUCGAGGUCGUGAAACGCUUGGGACUCAUCGACGCCAUCCGCAGCAAACUCGUCGAUGAAGCCGGCUUAUCUAUCGUCGACACAGAUGGCAAUGUCAAAGGCACCAUUCCAUCGAUCGCUUCACGCAAGACGACAAAGAAGUCACCGCCUAAUUCUCGGACGGCUCAUCCUCAACUUUCGACCUUCUGGCCGGCGCAGAUGGUCAAGGCUCACAAAUCCGACGAGCCAUUCUACCCCCAACAGCAGCAGACCCAAACCACCCGCUGGGCGUUCACAUCGCCUGCUGGUUCAUGCCGCGCGUAG